AUGAGUGCUCCCCUACUUUUCUCGACGGUUGAAGUGACCAGACAGGCCUUCUACCGGUCUUCACUCUCCUUUGCUAUUGUCAAUUUGAAGCCCGUAGUUCCAGGACAUGUGCUCGUUAUACCCACUAGAGUCAUCCAUCGACUUACGGAUCUCAACGAUGCGGAAAUAUCUUCACUUAUGAGUUCAGUGCAGCGCGUUGGACGCGUGGUAGAACGCGCCUAUGGUGCCGAUGCACUGACCAUAGCUUGCCAGGACGGAAAGGCUGCCGGACAAAGUGUCCCUCAUGUCCACUUUCACGUCAUGCCUCGAAAGAUUCAUGGCGACCGAUUCUCAAAAAACAACGAUGAAAUAUAUCCAGAGUUAGAGCAUGCAGAAGGAUCCCUGGCUUCUGAUCUCAAGCAAGUUCAGCUUGAGUCCCAGACCAUGCAGGUUGACGCAGAUGAAAAUCGGCCUGCUCGCACUAUGGAGGAUAUGGAGAAAGAAGCAAGUUGGUUGAGGACCUUUUUUUCAUAGCAGGGCCAGCAAUAUAAAGGUAUAUAUACGAAUCCACAAAUCUAUCUACGUAUGUGGGUGAGUUCUGCGGAGGUUACGAAGAUCCCAUCAGGUCUAAAUAAUAUCUAUCAGUAGUCUAUCCGUAAAUAAUAAAACCAGUGAGUC